UAGAAUAUUGCUGCCAAGAUUAAAACGGUACUUGGGAUGCUACCUGAGACUCAGAGUCACUAGCAGUCACUACGGUUGCCAGUUUAAGACAAAUUCUGAAAGGAAAACAUUUACAGAGUCUCCGCGCGUACGGUAUAUACGUACAGUACUGAAUUAAUGCGCACCAUCAGGUAUCGGAGUUCGAGAAUUGGACCCUAUUGGACCUGCCAACGGCCGCCGUCACUGAUGGUGCUCGUGUGCUCAACCCUUAUUUUUCACAGUAAAUCAUGGCAGUCCGACCUCAGACUUAGACGCUGCCGGCUCCACAUUCCUUGUGCCACUCAGCUCUUGCCGCACCUCCGUUCCUCAGUCUCCCACUGUCUCCCACUGUCUCGGUCACUCGCGGUCGUCUCCGUCGACACCAAACAAACAUAUACCUCCAUUAAUUCUGUGAGAACAAGUCUCAGCCCGGUGUGGAAUCUAGGCCCUUUAGAUGUCGUUUCGAGUUGUUUCGCUGGCUUAGCGUUAAACAUAUUUUGCGACGUCCAUUUGACUGUAUUCUACCAUCACAACAUGUCACAACUCGUGUGCCCUCGUCAAUUGUCUACCGGAACAUCGGAAAUAAAUAAUGCCUAUCUUAUAUAAUAAUGGCUCAAGGUACACAAGGUCUCUCCUCCGUGAUGCGACUCGUUGGUUUCUAACACAUCAGCUAAUUGAUUCAGCAUCCCUGCAUAUCAUCUGUUAGAUAUUCAGCAACUUCUGAUCUAGUUGACU